ACCAGUGUAUGAAGAAUUGAACUAAGCAGGAAGGCCAACCUUUAGCCAAACUGACGGAAGGCGCGCAGGGAGAGGAGGGGGAAGGGGCGCAGGCUUCGCGCGCUCCCAAGGGCCUCUCUCUCCCAGCAGUGGCUGGCGCAGCUGCCACUCCGCUCCCGGCCAGCCAAUGAACAAACGCGCGCCACCCACCAGGUCGGCGUGGCGGGUUGCUAGGAUACGGAGUGUCCCAGAGGAGAGGGGUUGGCUGGCUCCCGGCGCCCGGACAUAAUUUGUGGGUGAUCCAACCACUCCACUGGCAUAAGAGGAGACUGAGAAUCUAUAGACUUUUCUUUUAUUGCCCAGCAGAAGACUAAUAACUCUUCCCUCUGGUUCUCUGUAAGGAGUGUUAAACAGAGCCAGCGUGAUCAGCAGCAUGUGUCCAGCAGAUCCAGCAUCUGAUGGGCUGCAGCUUAAAGACCCCUAUGAAAAGUUCAUGUAUCAGCAUCUCCAGUAUUAUGGCUAUUUUAGAGAUCAGAUAAAAACACCUCCAGAGAGCAGAGAGGAUAGCUCUCACCAUGUGUUGAAACCAGGCAGCUUCAACGAGAGAGGUAAAACAAAACACAAUUCAGACAAGAACCUACUCUGUUCAGUUAUGCCAGAGGCUGCACUUAAGAGCAAGCAACUUUUACUUGACCAUCCAGAGGGUCCUUGUGUUUUGCGCUUACGAGAGCCUCGGAAUCUUUCUUCUCUCCCCAGUGGCAAGGAUUCAGUCUUGGCACCACUCUGGCCAAUAGAGUGUGAAGUAGUUGAGGACGCUAUCCAUCAUAUUGAGUGGGUUCCCCCUGAACCAGAACCUUUCUAUCAGCCAACAGGAAAUGAAUAUGCACCUGAUGUAGUGGGAGAAGAUUAUGGAACUGUUGUCUAUUCUAUAAAUCCAGCAACCAAGGGCACCUAUUUCACUGGUUCCCGAGUUGGAGGGUCAAGAGAAUCCAUCAAGCCAGCUGCACACUGUUUAAGAGACCCAGAAGACACCAUGUUGUUAUUUGAGUCACGCUUUGAAAGUGGGAAUCUCCAGAAAGCUGUCAGGGUAGGCAAAUAUGAAUAUGAACUCACAUUGCGGACCGAUCUCUAUACUAGCAAGCACACACAGUGGUAUUACUUCAGAGUGCAAAAUACUAGAAAGGAUGUUACCUAUCGCUUUACUAUUGUUAAUCUGAUGAAAGCCAAGAGUCUGUACAAUAUGGGGAUGAAGCCUCUCCUAUAUUCUCAGAAGGAUGCUCGGUCACAUAGUGUUGGCUGGAGGAGAGAGGGUAGUGACAUCAAAUAUUAUAAAUAUAACACAGAGGAUGGUCAGACCCUGUAUUGCCUCACCUGGACUGUGUCUUUUCCACACAGCCAUGACACAUGCUAUUUUGCUCACUUCUAUCCCUACACCUACUCAGAUCUACAGCGCUACCUCUUGACUUUGAUAAACAAUCCAGUCUGUUCUCAGUAUUGCAAACUACGCCCUCUGUGCAACAGUCUGGCUGGGAACAUAGUAUACCUUCUCACUAUUACCAAUCCAUCCAAAAGUGCUGUUGCUGCUGCAGCAAAGAAGGCUAUUGUACUAAGUGCCAGGGUCCAUCCUGGAGAGACAAACAGUUCCUGGGUGAUGAGAGGCUUCCUAGAUUUCAUCCUAAGUGAUGCCCCUGAUGCUCAGCUCCUCAGGGAUCUCUUCAUAUUCAAGGUUGUGCCCAUGUUAAAUCCAGAUGGGGUAAUUGUGGGAAAUUACCGAUGCUCACUGGCAGGAAGGGACUUGAACCGUAACUACAGGACACUAUUAAAGGAAUCAUUUCCAUGCAUUUGGCACACUCGGGCCAUGAUCAAAAGAGUCCUCGAGGAACGUGAAAUUCUGCUGUAUUGUGACUUUCAUGGGCACAGCCGGAAGAAUAAUAUUUUCAUGUAUGGCUGUAACAACAAAAAUACACAAGAACAGUUACUCCAUGAACGGAUCUUUCCUCUAAUGCUGAGUAAGAAUAUUCCUGACAAGUUUUCUUUCAACAGCUGUAAGUUUCAGGUCCAAAAGUGUAAAGAAGGCACAGGACGGGUUGUGAUGUGGAGAAUGGGAAUACUGAAUAGUUACACUAUGGAAUCUACAUUUAGUGGAUCAACACUGGGCAGUAAAAGUAAUUCUCAUUUUACCUCUGAAGAUCUCAAAACUCUGGGCUAUCAUGUCUGUGACACCUUAUUGGAUUUUUGUGACCCUGACCGUUCCAAGUUUCAGCAAUGUCUGUCUGAAGUUAAAGAGAUAAUGAAGCAAAAAAUACAGAGGAAGCUUUCAGAGUUGGGCCAUGAACAAAAUACAGAGGGCACAUGGAGUGAUGUAUCUCUCUCUGAUGUUGAAUCGAGCACAAGUGGCUCCGACAGCUCCCAGUCAGAUGGCCCCCCUGCGCAUUUGAUCAACAUGGUAGAGAAGGAUUAUAAUGAGAAGAAGAAAAAGAAGAAAAAGAAACGUCUACGCACAAGAAAGGAAAGGAAUAAUUUGCACCAUAAUCAUUCUGUGAGACAUACAGUGAACCACAAGGAAGAUGUUGUGGCAAGUACAAUUUCUCCAAGCAAUGGAAAGUGUCGUAGUCUUUCCAAGAUAUCACAGAGAGACAGCAGUUCAGAACAGAAGAACAAGCAGAUGAAUCGUGUAAUCUAUAUGUGUCAGGCUAAAGAUAUAGAAGAUUCUUCCUUUUUACAAAGAGAGAACCUAAAUAACUGUCAGAAGUCUCAAGAGGUUCCCCUCGAUAAACAGACUGUCCCCGUGUUUGAAUAUGAGAUGAGGAUUAAAGAACCCAAGCCCACUCUCGUAAUGAUUUCUCCAUCACAACGACAGACUCUCAAAAUGUCGCUUGUCAAACAGCAUCCACCUCCCUUUCAUGAGCAGCCCAGUGGAGAACUUCUUGGUAAAAUGAAUCCAGGUCUCACUAUUCCAUCAUCUUCUGGACUCAAACGACACAGGUCCAUGUGGUGGAAUCCUGAAGUGCCUUCUGUGACUUCAAUGCUGCGACGAAGCCUUUCUUUGAAAUCCCAGUAUGCUCUUGACAAUAACAGACUGUGGCACUUGAGCCAAAGCAGGUCACAGAUACUUGCCCACCGAGACUUUAAGUGGAAACCUUUCCAAAUUGACCGCAUGCUCCUGAAGACAGAGAGUGAAUGCCAUGCAAAAUAUAGGACACCACCCGGCAAGAUUGAGCAAAAGCAUUCAUCACUAGAGUGUUGAGAAGAGUCCAAAUACAGCAUUUGUGCACAAGGAACUGCUUGUCUCCUCCCAUGAAACCCAUGGCUUUUUAAUAAUUCACAUGAACAACUGGUCAGUGGUGAAGCUGACACUCUCCUGUUCCAUACUUAUUACAGGAGAUUAGCAGAAAACGGUCUGCAUUUUUUUUUUUUUUGAGGAAAAAGAAUUUGGAGGCUUGGCAAAGAGAAUGGAUUUUUGUUCUUCUACACAUUUAUAGCUGAGAUGAAAGGGCAAGGGGUUUGUUUAUUUCUGUUACUAUGUUAGAACUACACAUUACAGGGAAAGCAUGGGCUCUCCACAGCUGGUUUUCCUCCUUAGAGAAAUAGGCAGCAGUGAGUGUGGGAUAUUUCCAAGGAAGAAUUGGCAGGGCAGGAAUGCUUCACCUUUGUCCCUGCAAGUACCCCCUGGCUAUUUUUAACUGCAGCUCCAACCAAGAUGGGCUCCAAAGACAGCUCAAGUGGAAAUACCCAGAACAGACUCUUAAGAAAGUGGGUGAGUUAAGCACCCUUUGCUCCAGCUGUUUGUCUCUCUGCUACAAAUGCCUCCUCCAUUGCUAAGUGUUACUUCAGCAAAUGUUGGUUUGGGAGUUAACCUGUUUGCUGAGAUAACUGGUAAUUUCUACUUACUUGUUUACUACUAUUUAGGUGUACAUGAGUUGUUUUCCAUGAUAAAAAGUGAAUACCUUA